AUUUAGGCCUUACACGUACCAUUUAGGAGAAGAAGUGUCUACAUACGGACUAGAAACGAACAAAUCAGCAGUAAACAGUAGCCUCCUAGCUGGCGCCGUGAGGAAGCUAUCGUACUUUGUGUGACAGUAUGGAUCCUAGCACGACUAUUCUUCGAGUGAAAAGGAAGCGGGGAACUGAUCCCGCGGAUGCUUUAUUACUGGCUUGUAAAAGAAUUCGGCCCGAGUCAACAACACAGCCUCCCGGAGAAUCUGUUCCUGAACCUGAUGCGAAGAUAGAAAAUUCUGUGUUCAAACUCGUGGCCACAGUAGCAUCACAGGAUGCUCCAGUCCAGCCACACGUGCAGGUGGCACUGGCACGGCCACGGGUGGCCCAUGCCCUCAGACCUUCAGUGGGAAGCUCCAAGAGGAUCACGGGAGACCUACGCAGUGCCAAGUGGAGCACCAGGCGGGAGGAGCGCUACCGGAUCCUGUCCAGUCACCGAGCCGGGCUCCCCACAGAGACGCAGGCGCCUCCCUCUGCUGAGGAGGCAAGGGAUGCCGACCUGGAAACAGUGCAGACAGAGGUGGACUCGCGCCUCCCUCUGGGAGAUGUACAAGUGGUAGACCUCAUCCACGAGGAAGAGGAGCAUAACAAAGCUCCAGCUAAGACGGUGGUCACAGAUCCGGAGAUGAUCCUGUGCAACUCUGUGAAGAUGGUCCGUGAGAAGCUGAGCGUGUCUGGGGAUGGAGUGGGCACAGAGCACAGGGAGAAGGAGGAAGACUAUGUGUACGACCUGUACUACCAGGAGACUGUGGCCGCAGGCUGGAUCCAGGACAUCUUGUCUGUCAGGCCCUACGAGGCAGAGGAUGAGUUGGUUCCUGAAGUGGUUGUCUGGGAAGAAGAGGUGUAUGAAGAUGACGAUGAUGAAAACGAGGAGGGUAAUUGGAGGAAUGAAUACCCUGAAGAGGGGGACAGUGAUGUGGGCAGUGACGCAGAGGAGCGCUUUGGAGGGUGUUGGGACGAGGAGCACUCCUACAGCAGGAGGACAUGGGAGCGGUACCAGAGGGAGCUGCUGAAGGAGCUUGGGGACGACGAUGAGGGGGACAAAGACUUGGACUCUGACUGAGGCCCUGUCCAUCCGUUUGUCUUUCCUGUCUGCUUGCUUCUGUGUGUGAAAGAUGGGCCGUUUCUACUGCGUGAAUUUGUGAGGGUAAUGUUGUGCAAAGUGUAUGUGUGCGCGUGUUAGAUUUUUCUGCAGUGUAAGUAGUGAGGUUUGUUUUGCACUGUUGUUUGAGAAGGAGUGUUGGUGAGAUGUGUGUUUUUUUUUUCUGAGUUGUGGUGAAGUGCAUGUGUGUGUAUUAGUAUGCGUAUGAUAGUAGUCUAAGUUGGUGCAAGCGUGGAGUGCUCUUUUUGUUGUGCGUAUGUUCUGAUGUUGUAUUUGUAUUGACAAAUCCAUUCAGUAUGGGUUUGAAAACACUUUAAACCUUUGUAAAUAUGUAGAUGUAUAUAAAAAGAAUAAAGCAUUCAGAAUAAAUGUAAA